CAACCCCGCUCAACCCCGCUCAACUCAAACUUGCUCGAACCGCUCAACCCUACUCAACCCUACUCAAAAAAGUAAUUUUAACUUGCAAAAUAGUCAGUGUCUGCAAUGCGUCUCGUGCACCAGAGUACCCCUGUUGGGUACUUCCGCACAUAUUGAAGAACAGCCGACACCCCCUAGUACGGUGGCGUGUAAAGGACAAGGAAUGCGAUCACCACAGAAGUCCUCCACUAGCUGCAGCGUGGCUUUACGCUCUUGCCGCCCCAGACACAGGCAAACACCAGCUGUCCACUUGUGCACGUCCAAGCCAUCUUACGAAGUCUUGGCGAGUUGGCUCCGUUUGCUUUUUGCUGGGUCCAAGGUUCCCCAAAAUCGGUUCCUUCCCUGGAACUCGUGCAAGCUCUGAAGAAGCUAAUGCCACUCGCAGACGGACUAACGAAGGCUACAUUCUCAAUGACAGACUGCUGGGCUGACUGAUCCAUUUCAUCGCUCGGACUCCGCCUGAGAGGGGUUGAAAAUCCCAGCAAGCAACGGGCAGCACUGCUUCACUUUUAUCCAAAAGCCACUUUCUGACUCCGCUGCCCGCCGUUUCUUAUUGCCUCUCGCGUCGACAACUCAUUCGACCUUCGUUAUUCGGUCAUCUCGACUUUAUGGAAUCCUCUCGAACCUCUCUCGCCCCGUGCAUUGCCUGCCACCCUGAUGGGGUCACUUGGGAGCACCGCCCAGAUGCUGGGCCUUGUUGCGAUGAGAGUUGCCUCGAGACCGUGGCACGUCGGCAAUGUACCUUGGAAUGCGGCGCAGUUGAGACAAAAAGCUCUAGCCGUGACAAAAUAGUAACAUCUCCCGACGAGCCCGAGUCCUCCGUCCUUUCCCCUCAAACUCGCAAGCGCAAGCAAGGGGCAUGUGGCACCCAUUCCCGCAGCGCCCGUGAACAAUUCGCUACCACCCUCAAGCAAGUGGGUUGCAUUUGCAAAGCGCUUAUAACGCGCAACCUCGAACCGUGUUGCAAAGUGGGUAGGCCCGUGCAGACUUGGAGCACAACGGCUGUUGCCAGGAAGACGAGCUCGUCGUCGAUUCUAAAUACGACUGUGAAUGGGAGCGAUUGUAUCAAGAAGGGAUCCUGUGGAGGCGAUAAUGUCGAGAGCUCUUCAAAGAAAGGCGAACGCUGUGGUUCCGAGAAGACAUUGGGAUGUUCAACUGUGAAGAAAGAUGAUAGCUACGGUGUUGAGGAGCAGGGCAAUUCUUGUAGCACGAAGGGACAUGGUGCCUACUCCGGUGCAAGCAAAGCUGAUUGUGGCGGUGCCGAGCAGAAAUGCAGCCGCAUUGGGACAAACGACGAUAAGUGUGGCGAUACCGAGAAAAAGUCUAGCUGUUACGUUGCGACAAGGGAUAACUGCGGUGCCUCUGAGGACAUCAACUGCCGCGGGCUCAAGGUCCCCUCCGCUGCGAAGCAAAACAGAAGUUGCUGCUUGGUUACCGAGGAAGACAAUCAUUCUGGGGUUACAAGAGACAAAUGCUGCGGUUCAGAGAAAAUUGGAUGUUCCACUGCGAAGGAAGACGGUUGCUGCGGCGACGAAACGUCUAAGAUUGUACCAUCCGCUCCUGAGUCUUGCUGGACUGGAGCCGACAAAGGGAUUACUGGCAUGAAAGCAACUAACGCUUCUUGCCCCGGUUCUGGCAGUUCCAACCAGGAUGGAUGUUCAAAGGAUGCCUGUUGUGUUGGCUCUGGCUCUGGCUCCGGCUCCAGAGAUGAGAUUUCUUCAUUUGCCAAACACGAUGAAAAGGUGACAGAUCAUAUCGACAUUGAGAAGGGCUCUUUGGCGGUUGAGCACGUUGUCCUGGACGUACAGGGACUUACAUGCGUUGGCUGUGAGACUAAACUUUUCAGAUCUCUACACGAUAUUCCUGGAGUUUGCAAUCUUCGUACCAGUCUGGUGCUGUCACAAGCCGAGUUCGACCUUGACGAAAAGGCCGGUCCGGUCGCCGAGGUAAUCAAGGCUGUCGAAAAGAACACUGGCUUCGCCUGUCAACGACUCAACAACGAAGGACAAGAAGUUGACGUUGUUGUCGAUGAUGCAAAGGCCUUUGUUGAACGCAAAUAUCCAGACGGGGUCACUCAAAUGAUCGCUGCCGACAAGCGCAUCGUACGCAUUAAAUACGACGCCAAAAUCAUUGGAGUAAGAACACUUCUCGAGAAGAGUUUCAACAAGCCUUUGACACUCGCCGAUCCUCGAGGGUCCUCGGAACUUGAGAGCGGAAAAAGACACGUUCGACAUACUGCUUGGAUUACUCUGCUCUCCUCCAUUCUCACCAUUCCUGUCCUUGUGCUGGCCUGGGCUUCCCUCCCUCCCCGACCCAUCGUCUACGGCAGCGCCUCACUGGUUCUGGCCACCAUUGUGCAGGUUGCCAUCGCGGGGCCAUUCUACCCCAGCGCGUUGAGAGCUCUCAUCUUCACUCAUGUUAUUGAGAUGGACUUGCUCAUCGUCCUCAGCACUUCAACUGCGUAUAUUUUCUCCGUCGUCUCGUUUGCCUAUCAGGUGGCUGGUCGUCCGCUGCCGACCGGGGAGUUCUUCGAAACCAGCACCUUGCUCGUCACCUUGAUCAUGCUUGGACGUUGGGUCAGCGCGUUUGCAAGACAGAGGGCAGUGGAGUCGGUCUCCAUUAGGUCUCUCCAGGCAGCAACUGCCGUGCUGUGCGACGCAGACGGCCGUGGCGAUCGAGAGAUCGAUGCUCGUCUUCUGCAGUAUGGCGACUUGUUCAAAGUCACGCCCGACUCUCGUAUCACAACUGACGGUAUGAUUGUCUCUGGCAUGACGGAGGUCGACGAGUCUAUGGUGACCGGCGAGUCCCUGCCUGUCGAAAAACACCCAGGCUCUGCCGUCAUCGCAGGCUCGCUCAACGGCUCAGGUGUCCUCGUUGUCCGGCUGACACAUCUCCCUGGCAACAACACGAUUAGCACGAUUGCGGCCAUGGUAGACGAAGCCAAGUUCUCCAAACCGAAGACCCAAGAACUUGUGGACAUUGUCGCCAGCUACUUUGUUCCAGUCAUCCUGAUCCUCACAAUCGUAACCUUCGCGAUCUGGGUUGCCAUUGGCAUCUCUGUCCGACAUCAAAAUAGCGGCCGUGCAGUGGUGAACGCCAUCACAUACGCGAUCUCGGUCCUCAUCGUCUCCUGUCCUUGCGCAAUCGGCCUUGCCGUUCCCAUGGUCGUUGUCAUAGCUGGAGGCGUCGCAGCAAAGCAUGGUGUUGUCUUCAAGUCAGCAAUGGCCAUCGAGACUGCCCGCAAUGUCUCCCACGUCGUCUUCGAUAAGACCGGCACCCUUACUCAAGGUGAACUGUCUGUCGCAGAAGCAGUCUAUCUUUCCAACAAGGACGACCUCGUUGAAUCCAUCACUCUCGGCUUGACCUGCGACAGCAAACACCCCGUCUCCGCCGCAAUAUCAACUUAUCUCAAAGAAAAGGGUGUUGAUGCUGCUAAGAUUGGGGACUCCAAAUCAGUCACCGGUAAAGGCGUGGAAGGCACUUUUGACGGCGCGAACGUUCGCUGCGGCAAUACCCGCUGGCUCUCAGCCGAGACUCUCCCAGAGGUCCAAGAUCUCCUUGCCAAAGGUCUCACAGUCUUCGGCGUAGCAAUAAACGACCAACUCAUCGCUGUCUUCGGCCUCUCCGACUGCCUCCGCCCAGACUCCCAUUCCGUCGUUACUGAGCUUCAAAAGCGCAACAUCGCUAUCUCUAUAGUCAGCGGUGAUGAUACUGGUGCCGUCGAAGCUGUUGCCGCUAAGCUGGGAAUCCCGGCUAGCCAUGCGAGAUCUAGAUGCACGCCUGGCGAUAAGCAGGUGUAUCUUAAGAACCUGAUGGCGCAUGAGAAGAAAGUUGUGAUCUUCUGCGGCGACGGGACUAACGACGCGGUGGCGCUCGCUCAAGCUGACAUCGGCGUGCACAUGAACAGUGGCAGCGACGUGGCGCAGACUGCUGCCGACGUCGUCCUUGUGCGCCCAUCCCUGGGUGGGAUUUUGGUGCUACUGGAUCUGUCGAAAGCGGCGUUACAUCGUAUCUUCUUCAAUUUCGCCUGGUCAUUUGUCUACAAUUUGUUCGCUAUAUUGUUGGCCGCGGGUGCCUUCGUCAACGCGCGGAUUCCGCCACAGUAUGCUGGAUUGGGCGAGAUUGUCAGCGUUGUGCCUGUCAUCCUGAUUGCGCUGCAUCUAAGGUGGUUCAAGCGAGAGUAUUGAGAUAGAGAAUUUCGGUUGAUGCUUGUGAAUGUGUCUGCAUAAAGUCAUAUCGUCCUCCUACGAUUGAGAGGCGACGAAGCAAGCGAAUCCCACAGGAAGCUGUGGAAGGAUUUGAUAAUUGCAACUCAUGAGCCAUCCUCUGGUCUUCCUCAAUCUCGAGCGCUCUCUGACAUAAGCAUCAUGGUCAAAUGAUAGCGAGACCAACCACCAAGAUAUCAUACCAGCACGUAUUCAAACUCGCCUAACCCGUUGUCUGUCCUGCCUGCAAGGCUGGUCUAAACCCAACCAAGGGGAUACCCGUCCUCAUAAUCAAACUCGAACAGAUGACACUCAGAGAUCUCAACGCCGCGGCAAAACUCGUUCAAGGUCACUCAUUGGUGACUAAAGGGUUUUGCGCUUUAGUGCUGCGAAACCUACACCUUAUGCUAUUAAUUUAUUACCAGGACCGUACGGUAUUGGAAAUACCAUAGUAAAAUCCACUCGUUGAUGAUUCGUAGUUAGGUAGUCGAACUAUGUCAGAUUGGGAAAGCGUAACCCAGCUCUAUCCUCAGCUUUUGGGGGGGAGAGAGUUGCAAUGUGUUAGCAAAA